AUGGGGGUUCUGGCAGGGUUGCUGGAGGUGCUGAGCUUCCUAGGGGUGGCUCUGGGGAGCUCUCUUGCCCUCCACUGGGACAGCACCUCCUGUCACUUGGCAGAGCCCAUACCCGGGGGCACCCUGAGGUCCCUGAGCUUCCUGGGCAAGGAUGCUCAGGGGCUGGCCCUGUUCCAUGCUCACUGGGAUGGGCAUGGGGGGCUCCAGGCGUGUACCCGGCGGGAUGAGCCCGAAGUCAUGGCAGCCUUCAGGGCCCUCUGCACUCAUGAUACCACUCGGGACUCCUUCGCCCACACACCCUGGCCCGAGCUGCAGAGAGCCCUGACCACCCUGCAGAGUCAGUGGGAGGCCUGCCAAGGACCUGAGGAGAGCCUGGCAGGGGCCAGGAAAAAACGAGCAGCAAGGUGGGACAGAGAACCUGACAGAGGAGACCGGAGAGUGAAGAGAGGCUGGACUAUGCCUGGCACACUGUGGUGUGGCUUCGGGGACUCUGCUGGGAAUACCUCAGAGCUGGGGGUCUUCAAGGGCCCUGAUCUCUGCUGUCGGGAACACGACCUCUGCCCACAGACCAUCUCGCCCUUCCAGUACAGCUAUGGCAUCCGAAACUACCGAUUCCAUACCAUCUCCCACUGCGACUGUGACGCUAGGUUCUGGAAAUGCCUAUGGAACCAGCGUGACUCCGUCUCAGACCUCGUGGGUGUGGCCUUCUUCAACGUGCUGGAGAUCCCCUGCUUCGUGCUGGAGGAGCAGGAGGGCUGUGUGGCGUGGUACUGGUGGGGCGGCUGUAGGACAUACGGCUCCGUGCCCCUUGCCAGCCUCCAGCCCAGGACCCUCUACAAUGCCUCCUGGAGCCCCCCGGCCACCCAGUUGACUCCCAGUUCCCAGAGUCUGGCCCUCAAGCCCUAACGGAAGCAGCACCCUUGGAAGUGGCCACGACAGCAUGAAGGCCCCACGCACCCCAGCAAAGCCAGCACCUCGGCCCUCCACAGGCCAGACGUGUGUGUGCGACACAGCAUGUGUCCUGGGGUGACUCCUGGACAGCAGUGGGCACUGGUGGGGGCUCUCCUUGGGCCUGGGCUCUCCUCACCACCACACCCACCCCCAGGUGCCCGCCGUGCCUGCCGCAGCUUCCGCCGCCUGGACCAGUGCGAGCACCAGAUCGGGCCCCAGGAGACCAAGUUCCAUCUACUCAACAGAGCCCGCGAGCCCCUCUUCCACUGCAACUGCACGCGCCGUCUGGCACGCUUCCUGAGGCUCCACGGCCCACCUGCUGGCACCAACUCACUUUGGGGACUGCUGGGCGUGAGCUGCUUCAAGCUGGCCCCUCCACCGGACUGUGCCGAGGCUAAAGGCUGCUCCAGAGACCUUACAGCCAUCAAGGUGUCAGCUCGACACUUGCGGUGGCUUCGGCAGAAGCUACCUCAGCUCCGGGGCACGGGCAUAGGUGAGGGGCAGGCACAGCCAGUGGAGCCCCCAGGGGUCCCCACGUCAUUCUACAGCCGGUGCCUGCAGCUGACCCAGGCAGCCUGGAGACCCACUGGGCCACAGAAAUCCUGGAGCCAAUGACCUCAAUUCCAGCUCUC